UUGGAGAGCUGGCGCAAGUUGUCCGGUCAGUCGAGUUCGGUGGGUCGAGUGAGUCGAGUGUCGCGGACACCACGUGCCGCGAGCGCGCCGCGAGGACGACGGGGACACUCCGCACACGCGCUGAGAGACUGUCUGCUUAUAUACGGAGGAUAUAAGGAUCUGAGAGGGUCCACUAACGAACUCUGGGCAUUCCAUUAUGAGUCCGAGUCGUGGCAGGAGGUCCGCACGGCGACCCCGGGCCCGGCUCGUCACCGUCACGCGGCCGCUCUCUACGACGCUCGUCUGUACGUGCACGCGGGCCAGUGCGACCUGCGAGACUGCAGCGACCUCUGGCACUACGACACCAUGUCCCGUGUAUGGACCCAGGUCCGUACGCCCGCCAAGUCGUCCCCGAGCGCCCGCUCCGGUCACGCGGGUCUCCGGGCCGGCGCACACCUGUAUAUUUUCGGUGGAGAGGCGCACGGACACCCCACCAACGAAUUGUGGCGCUUCCACUUCGCGACGGAAACUUGGGAGCGGAUCCUGCAAAGUGUGAAGUGGCCGUCAGCCCGCGUGGACAGUCGCGCGCUGCUGGUAGGCGGCGCCGCCCCCCGUCCCGCCCGCCCCGCCCCCGCGCCGCCCUCGUCCGCGCCGGCUCGUGAGGCGCCGAGCGGGUUCCUGCGCGAGAUCUCCAAGCUGUCCAGUUUCCACAUCCGUCGUGCGGCUCGCUGCUCGUACAGCGUGCUGGCGGGCGAGCAGGACUCCACGGAGAGCCUGGUGCGGACGGAGCACUCCUCGCUGUCCAAGUCGCGCUCCGCAUACGUCAUCGACGAGCGCCAGCCGGCCGACGGAGACGAGCACCCGCGGGGAGCGAGUGACCUCGCGCGGGAACCGAUCUCCGUCCCGGACUUCGCCGACAUGAUCCUGCCCACGCCCGUACUGACGCCCGUACAGACCACCAAGCUGGUGUACCUGGACUCAGAGGACGAGGACGACUUGAACAGAGACGACGAGCACUACACGAGGGAGAAGAACGGCACGCUCUCACGGUGUAGGGUCGGACCGAUGCCCAAGUCCGCCUCGGUGAAGUUCACGACGCAGAGAGUCACGGAGGCGAGAAGAGAGGCCGAGGACGAGGGCGAGCUGUCCACGUCGGACUACGCGAGCGCCGAGCGCGUGCACAGGCUGGCGGCCGGGCCCGCGGGGUUCAGCAACCCGCACUACCUCGGCCCGGACGUUAGGACUCUGGGGUCCGCCUUGACCCCGGACUCGGGGGUCGCGCCCGGAGACAUCGAGCUGCAGGAGCUGAGGAGACCCGCGAGGAGCGAGGAGCGGCGACUACACCUGCUGCUGGUGGGGGGCCGCGAGCCGCCUCACCCCGCGCUCCUACAGAGACCGCUCUCACUGUGGACCUACCGACUACUGUAG